CACCCACCAACGACACAAGCACGACAGCCACCUACUAUGUCUUCCCUUCUAGAUGCUGCCCUGCAUUCGGAUGCCGCAGCGACACCAGCGAGCACCGCUGGCGGUCCUACACCACGGUACUCUGGCAUACGCUCUUCUUCUGCAAGACCUCGUGGGCCUCCCUCAGAAAGCAACGGCGCAAACAGCGAUGUCGAGGCUUUUCCAGAUGACGAGGUUGUAGGCGCAAGGGGAGGCGCUAGACGACCCAAUGCGCCCCGGACAGACAUCCCCAAGGUGGUAGAUGUCACCGGAGAGACUCUGUCGCUCCGUUUCCAGGAGUUCUUGGAGAACUACACAGAAGAACCCUCAUCUUCGGUGCUACCGGUGUCUAGCGUUGCGACGACUGACAAAUACUAUGUUGCGCAAAUACGAGGCAUGAAGCUCUACCAGCUUUCUACCCUUUACGUCGAUUACACACACCUUAUGAAACAUGAGGAUGGCAUCUUGGCACAAGCCAUUGCCAGCGAAUACUACCGCUUCCUGCCAUACAUGAUCCGCGCCCUUCACAGCUUGCUCGCCAAGUAUGAGCCACAAUACUUCCGCCAGCACCGACAGCCAGAGUCGACAUCCUCGGUCACCGAGGCCUCACUUGCCGAGAAUGCGACAAGUCAGAACGACAGCUUGAAGGAGAAGACUGCGAAUCAGCAGACAGACAAGCUGUUCACUCUGGCUUUCUACAACCUGCCUCUCGUUUCGCGCAUCCGUCAGCUACGGACCGCCUCCAUUGGCAGCCUGCUUUCCAUCUCAGGUACUGCUACUCGUACAUCUGAAGUACGGCCAGAGCUGUCUAUGGCAACCUUCGUCUGCGAGAUCUGCAACACAGUCGUGCCGAACAUCGAACAGACGUUCAAAUACACCGAACCGACACAAUGUCCGAAUGUUACAUGCAUGAACCGAGAGGGAUGGCGAUUGGACAUCAGACAAUCGACGUUUGUGGAUUGGCAGAAGGUGCGAAUCCAGGAGAACAGCUCAGAAAUCCCUACGGGUAGCAUGCCUCGAACAAUGGACGUGAUUUUGCGCGGAGAGAUGGUCGAUCGCGCAAAGGCUGGUGAGAAGUGCAUCUUCACUGGUACCGCUAUUGUUAUACCAGAUGUUAGUCAGUUCCGCGUACCAGGUGUGCGACCACAGGCUAUGAGGGACACGUCGAAUACAUCACGAGGCAACGAUGUUGGUGGAUCUGGUGUCAGCGGCCUCAAAGCGCUUGGUGUCCGCGAUUUGACCUACCGAAUGUCCUUCCUCGCUUGCAUGAUUUCGCCCGACCACACAACACCUGGGCAGUCAUCGAACCACCACCUCAAUGGCCAAGCCGGCAACAUUCUUGCAUCUCUACACCAAGGUCAGAUCGAGUCGAACGCGACUUCUGGGGAGGAAGCACAGGAAGAGUACCUUGCUACUCUUACAGCGGCAGAAAUCCAGGAUUUGAAAGACAUGGUGCACAAGCCCAACAUCUUCAUGCGCCUGGUUGACUCGAUCGCUCCUAUGGUCUACGGCCACCAGGUCAUCAAGAAGGGUAUCCUCCUUCAGCUGAUGAGCGGUGUAUCCAAGGAAACGCCUGAGGGCAUGGCUCUGCGUGGAGACAUCAACAUUUGUAUCGUUGGCGAUCCCUCAACAUCGAAGUCACAGUUCUUGAAGUACAUCUGCAGCUUCUUGCCUCGCGCCGUCUACACAUCUGGCAAAGCUUCAUCAGCUGCAGGUCUGACAGCUGCGGUAGUCAAGGAUGAGGAGACUGGCGAGUUCACAAUUGAAGCCGGAGCUCUCAUGCUUGCAGACAAUGGCAUUUGCGCCAUUGACGAGUUCGACAAGAUGGAUAUUGCCGAUCAAGUCGCCAUCCACGAAGCUAUGGAACAGCAAACCAUCUCCAUCGCCAAAGCCGGUAUUCAAGCCACCCUGAACGCCCGCACCUCAAUUCUCGCGGCUGCCAACCCCGUCGGCGGACGCUACAACCGCAAGACCACACUCCGUGCCAACGUUAACAUGUCGGCGCCCAUCAUGUCCCGUUUCGAUCUCUUCUUCGUCGUCCUCGACGAGUGCGACGAAGCCGUCGACCGCCACCUCGCCGAACACAUCGUCGGUAUUCACAAAGAUCGCGAUGAAUUCGUCCAACCCGAAUUCUCAACAGAGCAGUUGCAGCGAUACAUCCGCUUCGCAAAGACCUUCCGCCCCGAAUUUACAGACGAAGCGCGCGAGACGCUGGUCGAGAAGUACAAGGAGCUUCGUGCCGACGAUGCUCAGGGCGGCAUCGGACGCAACAGCUACCGCAUCACAGUCCGUCAACUCGAGUCCAUGAUCCGACUGUCUGAGGCUAUUGCAAAGGCAAAUUGCGUCAGCGACAUCACCCCCGAAUUCGUCAAAGAAGCGUACAACCUCCUCCGCCAAUCCAUCAUCUCCGUCGAAAAAGACGACGUAGAAAUGGAAGACGAAGACGACGAAGCCGUUCUGGCCGCCGCCGCGGUCGCCGAAGGCGAAGACGGGGACGCAUCAAUGGACGAGCGCGCGCGCACAGAAACUCCCGCGCCGGCACCGCGCGAGAAGACAAAGAUCACGCACGACAAGUACGUCGCGAUGCGGAACAUGUUUGUCAAAAGGGUCAACGAGGAUCAGGAGGAGACGCAGGAUGGUGUUGAGGAGGAGGAGUUACUGGUUUGGUACCUGGAGCAAAGGGAGAAUGAGAUAGAGACGCAGGAGGAUCUUGAGGCGGAGAGGGUGUUGGCUAAGAAGGUGUUGAAGAAGAUUGUCAAGGAACAAUACCUCAUGUUGAUCCGGGGUGAGGGUCUUGCAGAUGAGCAGGGCCAGUCUGAGGCAGGCGGCAAGGUUGUGUAUGUGCUACACCCCAACUGCCCGGUUGAGGACAUCGUUUGAGUACGUCGGGCCGGUGUAUACAUGAGUGGACGAUACAGAUGAUAAGCAUGAAGUAUACUGGGCGUUUGAUUAUGGUCUGGAGCUGGCGUUCAGAUCUGCGAAGGUAGAUUUUGUCACAAUGUU